AUGAAAGCAUUAACUCUGCUACUCGGCGCUGCUGCCUUGUUAACGUUGAAUGCUGUCCAGGGCGCCACAGAUAACAAGAAGCCAAAUAUUGUCUUUAUCUUUACAGACGAUCAAGACUAUAGAAUGAACUCGUUGGAUUAUAUGCCCAAUGUCCAAAAAUAUCUCGUUGAACAAGGCACUACAUAUAAGAACCAUUACGCCACGAUUGCUGUUUGUUGUCCUAGUCGAGUAGGGCUCUUGAGAGGCCAGUAUGCCCACAACACAAACAUUACAGAUGUGCUCCCACCUUUUGGUGGUUAUGAGCGCUUUAACAGAUUGAGGCUUGGUGAGGACUACUUGCCUAUCUGGUUGCAAAAGGCUGGCUAUAACACCAACUACAUUGGUAAAUUAAUGAACGAGUACGACGUCUUGAACUACAACAAGCCUACACCCAAGGGCUUUAAUUACCAAGAGCAAUUAGUAGAUCCUUAUACCUACAUCUACAACACUGCUGUAUUUUCAGUCAACGGCGAAACUCCUGUAUAUUACAAGGAUGUUUAUCAAACCGACAUUAUACACGCCAAAACUCGCGCUGCUCUCAAGAGAGUGCAAAAGCAAGAUGAUCCUUUCUUUUUAUGGGUUGCACCAAUGGCGCCUCAUGGCCAAUUUGAAAUCUUUUCAAAUGGCACCAUUACAUCUCGAUCACCUGUUCCUGCAGCUCGCCAUGCGAAUCAUUUCAAGGAUGUAAAGAUCCCUCGUACACCUCAUUUUAACCCGGACAAGCAAGCAAAAACUGCUUCGUAUUGGAAGGAUUUGGAGAAACUGAAUGCUACGUUGGUAGAGGAGUUUGAUGAAGCCUAUAGAAAUCGUCUUCGCGCUUUGCAGGCAGUGGAUGAGCUGGUUGGCACCGUGUUUGAAGAGUUGGAAAAGUCUGGAGAGCUAGAUAAUACAUAUGUCGUAUACAGCGCAGACAAUGGCUAUCAUCUCGGCCAGCACAGAGCUUAUCCAGGCAAAUGUACAAACAUGGAGGAAGAUAUCAAUGUUCCAUUCAUCGUUUUCGGACCAGGAAUUGCCAAGGGAAAGGAAAGCCAUAUCGUCAGUUCUCAUCAUGAUUUAGCGCCUACAUUUUUAGCCCUAGCUCGAGGUGAUGAACAUGUGCCUUCUUGGGUUGAUGGUGGUGUCAUCCCACUGACUAAAAGCCUUGAGAAUCAUCCUAAACCUGUUUCCAAGGAAAGCUUUGCUGUUGAAUUCUGGUCCAAGGAGAACUAUGCGGAAAACUACUUCCCUAUCGGUGCUGGAUCUGGACCUAAUACAUAUAAGACAGUGCGAGUCAUUGCUCAAGACUACGAUUACAUGUAUGCUGUUUGGUGUACUGGGGAACAUGAACUAUACAACUUGAAAGAGGACCCUUAUGAAUUGAACAACUUGUACGACGACAAUGCCCAUGUUCAACUUACAAACAGACUGGAUGCGCUCUUGGUGGUUCUCAAAGAAUGUAAAGCUGAAUCAUGCCGUGAUCCAUGGAGAACGCUUCAUCCUGAGGACGGCUCCGUAAAGACACUGGAAGAUGCUUUGCAUGAAAAGUUUGAUUCCCACUACGCACAAUUUAAAAAGGUCGAAUACAAGGAAUGUCUUAAUUAUUUGCUGGCUCAAAACGAAUCCCCACAGAUUGGCAACCAUUUCAAUAUGAACGACACCUCUACCUAUGACCGUCCUCGACUUCACACGGAGAAGUCUGAUCAAUUUGUGAUCAAAGGCCUGACAAGGAGAGCAUCUGAAGAAAAGCAAACCUUAGUGAUGCCUGCUGAAUAUCAUGACGUUUUUAAGCUGGUGCCUGAAGCUUCUGGUCCUGUGGGUCAUGUGGUUCCUGAUGAAAAUUUUGAGGCGUUGGCCACACCUGUUCCAGCAGAACUACUAGAAACCCCAGUAAGAUGGGCUGAUUAUAACUUUUAUAGCUUUGGUAGUUGA